CAAUCCCAGACGGAGGAAGCCAGCGACUGCUCCGUGAGCUGAUCGGAGGAUUGGCAUGACUAACGCAACUCUCCGCUUAGCGUCGCCAUCUCAACUUCCGGAAGACACCACGUUGAUCUCGAACUGAACGACUAUACGCCCUGCUAACUCGCCCUCUCUCCCCGGUUCUAGACCAACCAUCUUCCUCGAAUCCGGGCAGCCCUACUCGCCGAUCGCCGCAUCUGUGCGUCGUUUUCUCCUGCCUGGUCAAUAUUCCGGUCGGACUCGACUGCGGAAAUCGCCACGACUCUCCGUCUCUCUACUCGUCCGCUUUAUUUUUUUUUUCUUCUAGCGACCGCCUUCCUCUCGUUCGCUCGGCGACCCCGAAGCCAUCCUUCACCCGUAUUUUCGUUAGGAGGGUCAACAAAACCGGAGUCAUACGAAGGCGCAGAGAACCGUACACUGUCGGUGUUUAUCCGCCAUGUCGUCUGCCACUGCCUCUGGGGCAGACACGGGAGGCUCUGCGAAAUCCCGCGAGCAUAACCAAGGGAAUCAGGACCGCAAAUACACGCCGGAUCAAAAGGCUGCCGUGCUCAGAAUCCGCAAGUGCUCGACGACAGCGUUCUACGAGAUCCUGUCGCUGGAGAAGACCGCCUCGGAUGGCGAGAUCAAGAAGGCUUAUCGGAAACUGAGUCUGUUGACGCAUCCGGACAAGAACGGAUACGAAGGGGCUGACGAGGCGUUCAAGUUGGUGUCGCGGGCUUUCCAGGUUCUCUCGGACCCCGAUAAGAAGUCCAAGUACGAUAAGUUCGGCGGAGACCCCGAUAGCAGAUUCACGCCCAGCGCUGGGCCCUCGGGAGGCUCGCCUUUCGGUGGCUUCGGCGGCGGUGGAUUCCCGCGGUCUGGAGGUGGCCCUGGCUUCGAGGAGGAGAUCUCGCCGGAGGAGCUGUUUAAUCGGUUCUUCAACGGGGGAUUUGGGGGUGGGUUCAGCCCGUUUGGUGGUCCGCAGUUCGUCUUCAACAUGGGCGGAGGCCCUGGUUUCCGAGUUCACCAGUUUGGAGGCGCGCGGCCGCGCAGACGACCCCGUGAAGCCAAUGCGCAAUCCGAACCAGUGCCGUCGGGCUGGGCGGCGUUCCAGCAACUCUUGCCUCUCAUCCUUCUCUUCGUCCUCCCUCUGCUUUCCUCGCUUUUCUCCGGCUCCUCUACUCCCUCUGGUCCCACGUACAGAUUUGAUACCGCGGUGCCUCCGCAUACGAUGCAACGAACGACUCCCAAACUGCACCUCAACUACUUUGUCAACCCCGGCGACGUGGAAGACUACAGCGCACGGAAAUUCCGCCAGCUAGACCAACGAGUGGAGGUGGACUACGUCUCGAAACUUCGAUACGAAUGCGAGAGCGAGGUCCAUGCCCGGGAACGAAUGAUCCAGGAGGCGCAGGGCUGGUUCUUCCCCGACGUAGAGAAGAUGAAGGAGGCGAGAGCCAUGGAGCUGAAGAGUUGUCGGCGGUUAGACAACCUGAAAGGCCGGUAUUAAACCCGCCUUCAGUAUAUGAUCUGCGCAUUCUUAUCUAGCCAUGCCCGUUGUUCUAUUAUACUUAAUGGUUUCCCCCAUCCUUUCGAGUUCUUGCAUUGCUAUGUCUUUUUUCUUUUCUUUUCUUUCCUUUCCUUUUUUUUUCUCCCUUUUUCUUUGGGUCUUGCAUGUCCUAGAUGAUCCAGGAAUGCAAGCGUUAUUUUGUUAC